AUGGAGCUCUGUGCCGAGCCAGUAAUCCAGAGUCGCAACUCCAUUGAGGAUGUUUGGGGACCACGCACUCCUUAUAAAGAUGAAUGGCCAACCCGAGUGGACCAGACAUGCGACGAAGAGCCCGAAAAAUGGGUCCAGAGUGCAUGUGUUCUUUGCAGCAAUGGCUGCGGGCUGGACAUUGGCGUCAAAAACGGAAAGGUCGUCGGCGUGCGCGGACGCGCGACUGACCGAGUGAAUAAGGGGCGACUGGGGCCAAAGGGCCUGCACGGGUGGAAAGCCAUCAAUCACAAGGACAGGCUCACUCAUCCCAUGAUCCGGAAGAAUGGGCAGCUCGAGCCGGCGUCGUGGGACGAAGCUAUGGACCUCAUCGUCGCCAAGUCCAAAGAACUUCAGGAGCACUUGACCAACCACAGCAUCGCAUUCUAUACGACUGGCCAGCUCUUCUUGGAGGAGUACUAUGCCCUGGCGCUCGUCGGCAAGGCCGGUCUGCACACGCUCCAUAUGGAUGGAAACACACGGCUUUGCACCGCCACUGCAGCGGCAUCGAUGCGAGAAUCCUUCGGCUCUGAUGGUCAACCCAGUUCAUACACGGACAUAGACCACACAGACUGCCUCUUCAUGGUGGGGCACAACAUGGCAGCAACCCAAACCGUCCUUUGGUCGAGAGUAUUGGACCGUCUAGAAGGACCCCAACCCCCGCGGCUCAUCGUCGUUGACCCGCGCCUGUCCGAGACUGCGCGCAGGGCCACCGUCCAUCUCGCCCCUCGCAUAGGCACCAACCUGGCAUUGCUGAACGGCAUCCAGCAUCUGAUGCUGCAGAAUGGCUGGAUAGACGAAGACUUCAUCUCGAAGCAUACUGUCGGCCUGAGCGACCUGAGAGCGACGGUCGAGAACUACGACCCCGCGACCGUCCAAGAGCUGACAGGAGUCCCCAUUGCGCAGCUCGAAGAGGCCGCCAGGAUUCUCGGGACGACAAAGAGCCUCCUCUCCACCGCCCUGCAGGGCGUGUACCAGUCCAACCAGGCCACGGCCAGCGCAUGCCAGAUCAACAACAUCAACCUGCUCCGGGGCCUGAUCGGCAAGGCCGGCAGCGGCGUCCUCCAGAUGAACGGCCAGCCGACCGCGCAGAACAACCGAGAGGCCGGCUGCGACGGCGAGUUCCCGGGCUUCCGCAACCACCAGAACCCGCGCCACAUGGCCGACCUGGCGCGCCUGUGGAACAUCGACCCGAUCCGGGUGCCGCACUGGAACGAGCCGACCCACGUACAGAACCUGUUCAACUUCAUCGAGAACGGCUCCGUCCGCAUGAUCUGGAUAUCGGGCACGAAUCCCCUGGUUAGCCUGCCCAACCUGCCGCGCGUGCGGGGUCUCCUGACACAACCCGAGCUCUUCGUGGUGUGCCAGGACAUCUAUCUCACCGAAACCGCGGCCGUCGCCGACGUCGUGCUCCCCGCUGCCCAGUGGGGGGAGAAGACGGGGUGUUUCACCAACGUCGACCGCACCGUCCACAUCUCCCACAAGGCAGUCGACCCCCCGGGCGAGUGCAAGUCCGACCUCGAUAUCUUCUUAGACUACGGCAGGAGGAUGGGGUUCAAGGACAAGGACGGCGACGACCUUCUUCCCUGGAAGUCUCCGGAGGAAGUCUUCGAGGCUUGGAAGAAGGUGUCCCGCGGGCGGCCGUGUGACUAUAGCGGCCUGAGCUACGAGCGGCUGACGGGCGGGUCGGGGGUCCAGUGGCCGUGUAACGAGGAGAACCCAAACGGCACCGAGAGGCUGUUCUCUAAUGGUGUCUUCUACACCGACACGGACUACUGCGAGAGCUUCGGCCACGACCUAGAGACGGGGGCGCCGUACACGGAGGAGGAGUACAAGGCCCUGAACCCGGCCGGGAGGGCCAUCCUCAAGGCGUGCCACUACACGGCGCCAAUGGAGGGGCCAGACGAAGAAUUCCCACUUAGGCUGUCCACCGGCCGGAACGUACACCAUUUUCACACCCGAACCAAGACGGGGAGGACGGUGCUGCAGAAGGCUUGUCCGGAGCCGGAGGUCAGGAUCUCCGAGAAGGAUGCCGAGAGGUUUGGCGUCAAGGAUGGCGAGAUGGUUAUUGUACGGUCGAGACGAGGCGCCGUGGAGAUGAUACUCCGGGUUGGACGUAUCAAGGAGGGGCAGGCGUUCAUGCCGUUUCACUUUGGCUAUUGGGAUUCUACCGAUGGGAGGGCCAGGGCAGCCAACGAGCUGACAACCGAACGGUGGGAUCCAAUCUCGAAGCAACCGACUUUCAAAGCUGGAGCGGUCAAGAUUGAGAAGAUACUAGUGGACAAGGACAAAGUACGCAUCCGAGAACAGCAAACAGCCGCGACCGAGAAGGCGGCCCUCAAAGACGCAGUCGGCACGACUUCAACCGACGACCUCACCAACCGCGAGCGGCAGCUCGAACAAUGGCUAGGCGAGACAUACGAGACGACAGUGCAGCUCCUCGACAUCUACGAGCACCUGAUGCCCCGCCUAAUCCAUGACCUCGAGGUGGAGGGCGGCCUACGGGUGGCGCACCGCAUCGCGGAGGAGAUGCGCGCGAGGCUGGAGCCGCAGGUGGCCAAGCUGGGGGAGAACCGGCAGCGCGGCAGGCACCGCGCGCACAUCCUCCGGGAGGCGCUGUUCCCGCCCGAGGACGCGCGCCGGAGCCCGUACGAGGUGCUCGAGACGCUGCAGGGGCUCGCCGUGUAUCUCGCGCACAUCCAGUCGUCGCUGACGGCCCUGCAGCCGACGGCGCAGGCCAUGUGGGACGGGGAGUUCUUCGACGCCGUCAUGUUUGCGCAACGGUGCCUCCAUCGGAUGCAGGCGUGGGUCACGCAGCAGAUCAAGGUGCGGAGUCCGCAGACGCUGCUUGUCCCGAUUCGGACCGCUGGGGGGUGA